AUGAGGGAGCUGGCGGCGGGGCCGAGGAUGGAAUGCGACAUCUUGGACGCGCUGGAGGCCUUGGGGUACACAGGGCCCCUGCUAGAGGAAGAAGCCUUGAACAAAGCAGCAGAAAAUGGAUUGUCAUCACCAGAAUUUCUUGAGCUUUGCGUUUGGUUAGGUUCCCAAAUUAAAUCACUUUGUGAUAUGGAAGAAAGCAUCACCUCAACAGAUGGUGGUAAGGACAUAGAGAGCUUCCAGCUUGAGGUUAGCAGCUUUCUGAGAGAAAUGGCUUGCCCCUAUUCAUCACUUACAUCUGGAGACAUCAAGGAGAGAUUAAGAGAGAAAGAAGAUUGUCUUAAACUCCUCUUAUUUCUAAGUACAGAACUUCAGGCUUUAAAGAUCCUGCAUAGCAAGAAAAUGAAAGGCUCCCAUUUGGAAAAGCACAAUGAAAUUUACCAGGAGGUUCAAGCUAUCUGUGAUGCUCUGGGCCUGUCAAACUCCUCAGCUUCUGAUAUUCCUCCCUUGUUAAACAGUGUGGAACAAAAGAUCAAGGACAUCCUCUCCAAAGUUCAAAAUAACCAUGUGGGGAAAUCCCUGCUAACAAAACCUCUGAACUCAGAGCAAGUGGAGAAGUUGGAAAAGAUCAACGCUGCCCUGCGCAGCGAGUACGAGUGCCGGCGGCGGAUGCUGGUCAAGAGGCUGGAUGUGACUGUGCAGUCCUUUGGCUGGUCUGACAGAGCAAAGGUCAGAACUGAUGACAUAGCCAGGAUCUACCAGCCCAAGCGCUAUGCUCUGUCCCCAAAGUCAGCUGUGAGCCUGGCGCACCUGCUGGCGGCUCGAGAGGACCUCUCCAAGAUCAUCCGAACAAGCAGUGGCUCAACACGGGAGCACACAGCCUGUGCCAUCAACAAGGUGCUGAUGGGCAGAGUGCCUGACCGUGGAGGCAGGCCAACAGAGAUUGAACCACCUCCUCCUGAAAUGCCUCCCUGGCAGAAAAGACAAGAAGGUGGUGGAAGAGGUGGCUGGGGAGGUGGAGGUGGAGGAAGGGGCAGCUGGGGGGGCGGAGGGGGUAGAGGAGGAGGAGGAGGUGGGGGUGGGGGUGGUUUUGGAGGUGGAGGUGGGUUUGGAGCUGGGGGUUUCAGAGGUGGUGGAAGAGGUGGAGGGAACUUCCAAGGGGGCAGGGGAGAUUAUGGUGGCAGGGGAGGGUAUGGUGGCAGAGGAGGCUAUGGUGAUCCAUAUGGUGGAAGAGGAGGAGGAGGAGGCUACAGAAGAUACUAAACCACUGUAAAUAUUAGCAGAGCAACUGGCAAAAUCUAGUGGUGGUGUUUACUGGGAU